AUGAUUGAGCUGGGCCUGGCUGACGGCAGCCUGAUCGACGAGCUGAUGGAGCUGACGGCUCAGAGUCUCGGUCAGCUGGAGAUCCAGGAACACUUCAACAUCAUCAAGGAGAUUGGCCGAGGGAAAUACGGCAAAGUGCUGCUGGUCACACAUCGCUUCAGAGGGACUCCCAUGGCCUUGAAAGUGAUGCCCAAAGCCUCGACUAAGCUGCAGGGCUUUCUGCGAGAGUACUGCAUCUCCUUACACCUGUCCUGCCACCCCUGCAUCGUGGGCCUCUUUGGCAUUGCCUUCCAGUCUAAUGAGCACUACUGCUUUGCCCAGGAGCUUGUCAUUGGAAGGGACCUGUUUGCUGUCAUCCAGCCAAAGGUUGGUAUCCCUGAAUCUUCAGUAAAACGAUGUGUACUCCAGAUCGCCAGCGCUUUAGAGUUUAUCCACAGCCAUGGCCUGGUCCAUCGUGAUGUCAAGCCUGAAAACAUCCUCCUGUUGGACAAUCUCUGCUGCCAGGUCAAGCUAGCCGACUUUGGCCUAGCCCAAAAAAGAGGCACUCUGAUACGCUUCAUCACAGGUACCCUGCCUUACAUGGCCCCAGAGCUUUGUACCGUGGCCCUGAUGGAGGGCCAGAAAGAAGUGACCGCUCCUCCUCUUAGUGUGGAGCCAAGCCUGGACACCUGGGCCUUCGGGGUGGUUAUCUUCUGCAUCCUUACGGGCUACUUCCCCUGGGAGCGCUGCAUGGACUCGGACGACUUCUACCAGGAGUUUGCAGACUGGUGCACAAUGGAGGAGAGGCCGAGCACUGAGGAGGACAUUCCCCCUUUGUGGAGAAGGUUCACUCCUGAAGCCAUGGAGAUGUUUGCUAGGCUCCUGGCUCCGGAUGUUGGAAAGAGGUGUACAGUGGGGGAAGUGAGAGAGUUUGUGGAGAAAGACUGGCUUAAGAAUGCAAAUGGGAUUGGGCAGCAGCAGACAACAGAAAAAGAAAAAGCCAUAACCUCUGGGCAUGACAAGGUGGAGGUACAGCCUAAUAUUUUGUAGUAUUUUUAUGUCAUCAACAGCGUCCUUAUGCCUUGACAGCAUGUCAAAUAUACACUCCUAGGUACCGGGCACGGGCUUUGCAGUGAUUGUUUACACCAGUAGUUCUCAACCUUUUUGAGUCGCGACCCCCAAUUUAACAUGCAUGUUGUCCGCGACCCCCGCUCACUGAACCCAAUCUCACACGCACAGUUCAGAUCACCCAAAAAAGAAACAAAAUGAUCAAAAAAGACACAAAAUGACCA